AUGUGCAGCCCAGUGACCGAGCGCAAUGGCCCAGUGGCCCUGCAAGGCCGGUCCGCGGGACGGCGGCGGCCGCCAUGGCUGGCUGCUGGAUUUCCCCCCUCUGCGAACAGUGGGAGCAGCCGAGCAGCGGCGGCGCUAUCGGCGGUGGUGGCGGCAGCAGGCGAGCGCUUGUUUUGUCGCGGGGCGCCGAGCGCGAGUGGCCGAAAGGCAGAGGCGGCGCACUGGGCGGCCGUCGGCUCCUCGUUCGCUGGUUCAGCGAUGCCCGUGGCCAGCGCUCAGCACAAGGAGAGUGCGGCUAGCACCGUGUCUCGCUACUUGCUGCCCAAGCCGCCCCGGCACAGCCCACCGCUGCUGCCGUCGCCGGGGCCGCACCACGGAUUCUCGCCCGAUCCGCAAGCUUGCCUUCAGGAGAUCCGGCAGCUGGCUUCCCCGGGCGGCGCUUCGACGGCGGGCGGCGAGGCGUCGCCGUUCGGCCGCCGCAGCCCGGCCUCCGAGCCGCUGCUGCUCGAGCCGCCGGCGAGCAUGUCGGCGCCAGCAGGAGCGGGCUACGCGGCGGCGCCCAUGGUGCACAGGGCCUCGCCCGGGGGCUACGACCUGCGGGGACACCGUCGUCCGCCUCCUCCACCAGGUGCGUGCUCUUCGCUACGCUUCGUCGCCCUCGCGCAACCGGGUGGCGCAGCAGUCGGCAGGCGUGAAAUUAUCGUCCGCAGCUUCAAAAAGACUGGGAUCUCCAACGCCUUGGACGGGACGGAAGACGACGUGGUCCACGAAAACGACGAGGGAGACCACGCUGAAGCUGGCGAUAAGUCCGAUGACGCUGCUAUGAGCGACGAAGAUGGCAGUCUUGACUCGGGCUCUGAGUAG